CUGUAUACAAACUUUGAUGAGUCUCUCAUUAUUAAACAAAGGUAACAGUCUCCUUUAAAUACACAAGCACCACAUUAAAGAGAGGAAAGAAAGAGUCGGACUCCAACAAAUUUCGAGCAGCAGCUGCAAGAGUCGAGAGAGAAAAAGAGAGAGCUAGCUGGCCAUGGAUGGUACGUUUGCUAUGGAUCAUCGAUAUGGAUUGGGUCAACUCUACAGCAUGCAGAGGACAUUCUUUUGGAGCAAAAACUCUGAGAUUCUCUUCUCUGGUUGGCCUGGAACCAGCUCUGGGAUGUAUUCGUUAGCCUUGAUCUUUGUUUUUAUUCUGGCUGUCCUUGUUGAGUGGCUUUCUCAUUGCAAAUUGAUCAAACCUGAAUCCAACCAGGUAGUCGCUGGUUUGUUUCAGACUUUCUUGCAUGCUAUAAGGGUUGGUCUUACUUACUUGGUGAUUCUGGCUAUCAUUUCUUUUAAUGGAGGUAUUUUCCUGGCUGCUGUGGCUGGACAUGCCUUGGGGUUUUUGCUUUUCGGUAGUCGGUCAUUCAAAAGAUCAACACCAACACCUCUUCCAGCUAAAACCGUUGAUGUUUAGUUCUCUUCCUGUUUUUCUUUGUGUUUAUUUCUUUAUUUUCUGUACAAAUUCAGCAUGAAACAUUGUAUUAUGUGCUUGAUUCCCCUAGGGGUUUAGUUUACUUGGCUUUAUGAACUUGUACGUUGUCUAUAAAUAAAGUAUUUGCA